GAAGGAAAGCAAAAAGAAACGAUAAGGGCUUGACCGACAAGCCUCAAAAGACAAAGGAAUCACCUGUAAUGCUUCCUCAGAGAUUGUACCAAAGGCAUCCGAGUAUGUCGUCUGGUUUUCUGGCAUUGCCAUGCUUUACCUUUCGCAGACAAUGGAGAGGAACUGAGGAAACUGGAAGGGAAGGGCUUCUGAUGUGUUACAAGCAAAGAGUCAUAAGCAGGACUUCAUGUGAUGUGAUUCAUGGGUCAGUCCCCAUCCAGUGUAGUAUGAGACUGAAAUAAGGCUAGACGGGACUGGAGAGUGGGAGGUGGUGACGUAGCCACAGAGUAAGGCAUCUUAAGCUUCUUGAUGCCAGCUCCCAUCUUGGUUUUUUAGACCACAAAUGAGUCAGUGGGAGGAGAACCUGCUGUGUGAGGUGCCUCAGGGCUCAGAGCGGCUUUGAAGGAAAGGCUUCUGUGGCAGGGCUGCAAGUCUGCCAUCUUUUUGCAUACGUAGACUGCCAUCCUCCAUUGACAAAGGCAUUGUGAGCCCAGGUAUGGCAGUAGUGCUGUUAGGUUUCUGGUAGAGAACAGACGCAGAACAGCACAUUUGCUGAAACCAUCAGUUUGCUGCUCUCCCUUGCUGUUGGUGGAAAUGACGAGUGGACAGCACAAGGAAAGCAGAACAAAGCAUGUGAGACAAAAGCACUCUGAAGUUGCUUGGACAUCUCAGGACAAAGAAACAUGACAAAAAUUUCCCAUGCAAACAACACAAACUGGUAUCGUUGUUGAGUUUCCAUGGGUGAGGAUGGUAGUUGUUUUAUCUAACUCUGUCCUUCUGCAGGUUCCCUAAAGGUGGGCUCUGUUGCAUUCUUCUAACAGAGGCACAACUACUGAAAGAGUAAUGCACGCAUUACCCAAAAUACAGGAGUGCUUCCACAGCCAAAAACUGGUUGCCAUGAGCCCUGUGUGGUUGUUACCUCGGAGCAGCAGGCUGCUUCUUUCUCUGACUGAACGAGACUGAAUGAGUCAUUGCUAACUGGAAAUCCUGGAUGCUGGGGUUUCAUUUUGGGGGUUGUGAAUUGAGGAAAGCAGAUUAGGCUAAAAGUUAUGUGCCUUCAUGAGGUGUUGAAUCGGCAGCUGCAGAUCUGACCUUGCUAAGCCAGGUUCUCACUACUGAUAACAGAUGCUUUUCUACGGACUUGGACAGUUAGUGCAGACAGCGGGUGUCCUGUCUUUGCACGUAACAUCGUUAGCUCCCCUAUCUCUGGAAUGCAAGGUAGCAGGCUCAAAGAGUAAAACCACAAAUUAACAAAGAAGCGGCGGAUUGGUGAACAGAGUUGUGGCUGAUGAGACGACCAAUCAGAGCCACCCAUCGUAACCCAAGCCCAAGAAAAUAGCACCAUGACCUUCAUCAGAAAGACCACCGAGAGACACGCGUGUGUAAAAGAGCUGAGACUUGGGGCGGGGGGGGGGGGGGGGGGGUUGUCAGUCCUUCUGGGGACUCAUUGUAAUAACCCAAACUUUUCUUGGACAUCUAAUGCAUAUGUAAGCAGCUUGGUCUUUAAGUAUGUGCCUUUCUUGCCCUCCGGCAUGCAGGCUAGGUGGGCAUAUCCCCCCCUGCAUCUGGCGUGUGCGCAGCGCUGAUUAGACAUACCUGCUUUAUAACUACUCAGAGGUGGGAUUGUGCUGUAUUUGCAGUUGGUUCCGAACGGCUCGAUACCUGUUUUGGAAUGUUGAUUAGCUGGACUUACGGUAUGCCUUUAGUAAUUACCGUAUUCCACAUUUUAUUUUCUGUUGAAAUAUAUACUAAAUACAAGCAAAAUAUUUUUGUUUAAAAUAAAAGCAAGAAUAACUUUUUAAAAAUGGUGCUGCCUCUUUCAAUAGGUAGUGAAAACGUCCCUAGCUUUGCGCUGGUAAUUGCAGGGUGAUGAACUCGUCGGCUUCAUGUCUCUCCCUUGAAAUUCAGCUGCUUUUCGCACGUUUCCCUGUUGGUCUUCCCAACUCGUGGCCUUUCAGCCAGACUGUAACUGCUAGUGACAGGCUGUGAUCAUCCCCUUGCUCUACAAGGACUGAUAGGAAAAAAAAAAAAAAAGGAGAGGAAGCAGAGCGGGAGGAAGAAAGGUGUCCCUGCACUCAGCCCCUUGAUCUUGUCUGUCUUCCCUGAUGGCUUUUCAGCCUCCCAGUGUACUGAUGGUUGCUGUUUGCCCUUGGCUAAAGAGCCCAACUUUGGGCAGGGAGCCUCUGCAAACUGCUGGGAAGCAGCUGGAAAUUCUGCCAGCGGUUCCUCGGGAAGCUCCUUUGGAAGCCCUGGCCGUGCUCCUUGUGCUUUCUCCCAUCGAAUACCCUUCUCUUCCAGGCAGUGUUAGCAGGACCUGUGGAUGAGCUCCUGUCUCUGGGGUAAGAACACUUUCUUGCCAUGCACCUGGCUCUGUAGCAUGGCCUCAGCUGGCUGUGUGCUCUUUGCAUUCCUUUGCCUCGUGCCUAGGGCUCCAACCUUUCCCAUCUGUACCCAUGAUGGUGGAAGGGAGUCCUUGGCAAACCGAAGGAACAAAAGGGGCUGGGGGAUAAGGAAGGGUACAAGCCCCAUAACCCUUCACCUCACGGCAUUUGAGCUCCGACCUGCAGGGUGGACGCUGAACGAGACCUGCUUUCCCUUUGCCUUCAGGAUCUCACUGGUUUUGCUCAAGCAGAAAAGGCAGGAGCUGAACGUGAAUAUUACUCAGAUGUCUGCCGGGAAGGAGAGCAUUCUACAAGCAGUGGGUGAUGUCCUCAGCAACAACGGGAUCCAGGAGGAGAAGAGAGGGGUAAUGGUGCUGCUCCCUCCUGCUUCCUCUUGGCUCCUUCCAGAGACAGCUCUGUGCUCUGGCUACCCGCCCCACACCUGGCUCUCAGGGCUCAACCUCUCUUGUGUCUUGGAGCUGCUCUGCUCCCCUCACUGUGAGCUGCAGCCGGUGCUAGCUGCAUGGUACAGCUGGGAUCAGGGUGCUCUGUACAGCGCUGUGAAUUCCCCCUGGGCUGGGCCCCAGCCAGGCACCUGCUGGGUUUGGCUUGGACGUUGUCCCUUCCAAGAGACUUGCAGGUCAGGCUUAGCUGGAAGGGCCAUUCUCCAGGCCUGCUGCAGCUGGACCACUAGAGGGCCUGGCAUGAUCCUACUGCCUGUCCAGGCUGUUCUGGAGUGGGCAGAAGGAUGGCAACAAGGGGAACAGGCAGGACCCAAAGACGGCCUUUGCUGUGUCUCUGGAGUCCAGUGGCUCAUCAGGGCAUAUUUUCGGGAAGAUCUUGCCAGAUUUCUGGACGGACAUGGAGUCUUUCCUUCGCUCUCUGCUAGGACUCCCUGGUCACACUGAUCUCCUCUUGUGUUUGUGCUCACUGCUCUCUCUCCAUUCCCAAUUUGUUGCUAGGAAAUUCUGCAGCUGACAAGAGAUGCAAUCAAGGUGAUUGAAAACUACAUCUGGAUGCUCGAUUGGGCUCUGAAAACCACAGCUGCUGGGCUUUCCAAGGAUCUCAGGGCCAUGUGGUCAUCCGGCUGCCAGAGAAAAUCCAGCCCAGAGCUUUCACCAUCUGGCACAUCUCCAGGGCAGUCUCUCCGUGUGGGGAAGUCAGCAGCGCCCCCGAAGAGUUUGCUGUCUCAGUAAGUCUCUGCCUGCUUCUUCUUCUGGAGGGACCCCGGGCCCGAGGAAGAGCUUUGCCAGAGAUGUCCUUCUGGUGGUGAGAUCUCCCAGAGACCUGUGGUGGGCUGCUGCAGAGCACUGCAUCCUGCCAAAGGGCAUGGAGAUGCUCGGGGUGGUUACACCUUGCGUUUCUUCUGGAUCGUGGACAGGAGCCUCAGCAUGCUCACCCAGCAUGCUCAGGGUGUCAGGAACUAAGAGCCAAAUGCCACACGGAGCAGCAGCCCUGGUGUCCAUCAGAGCUGCCUCUCACUGCCCAGUGAGUGCUCCCUCUCUGCUGCCUUUGAGUCGUGGCUGCUGCUUCCCUGGAGCUAUAGCCGUGGGCAGCAGCGGCCCGCUUUGGAGAGUGCUGCUCUCCUUAGAGUUCUACAAUGUCCUCUUGUGUCCAGCUGCCCUGGACAAGCCUCUCAGGUUCCCUGAGAAGGCCAAGGGAGCAUUUCUGUGUGCUCAGGGAGGGACAGAUGAGAAGGAACAAGCCUUGCCCUCCGGCUGCCAUGCUCAGGACCUGCAGCCAGCACCCAGGUGGGGCUCUGCCUCCCUCCUCGCCUGCCCCCUCCUGUGAUGUCACCGCUGAUGCACUUGGUGACCUCAUGGUGCUGCUGGCCAGCACGUCUCCUGAAGGCCAGCCGGGCGCUGCAGAGGCAGUGACCCCGCACCACCACUCCAGCUACCUUCCCUCGGCCCCCCCUUCCCCUGCCCCCCUGCCCUGUCCAGUUCCUGCUGGGAUGAGCAGUCUGGGGAUGCGCUUCCUGUCCCAGACAGCCUCCUCCAGCUGCCGGCCAGUCAGGCUUCUGUGACAGGAGAGUCCCCACCAUCAGCACCACAAUUUCUGUUGCCUUUCCUGCUUCUCCUUAUCUUCUCCUUUGGCUCCUUGUCCCUCGGGACCACACAUUCUACACUGAAAUAAAUCCCUUUAAUCUCUUAAGCCUCUCCCCUUCCUUGUAGAAUGUGUUACAUUUGGAGCUUACGGUGUUUGUGCUUGAAGUCUGUGACAAAGUGGGUGCUGAGACUGCACUCCAUGGUGUGAAGGAGACCUCACAGAGAAAAGGGGAUGUUAAGUCCCUUAUCCAGAGAGCGUCAGCGAUGCCAUCUCCUUUGCAACCUCUUCAUGUGUGGUGAGAAGCAUCUGGGUCUCCCUCAUCUGUGGGGUCUCCAGCAUCCUCAAGGUCUCUCCAGUGGGUGUUUUCCCAUGAGAAACGAGGCCUGAAAGAAACUUCCUGCAGGCAAGAAACACGUAGGGCCUUCCUUUCUUGUGGAUUAGGCAAUGUGUAAUGCGGUUCAAGCUCGGGAUGAAGCUCUUCCUGCACUGCAGGCAUUUCUAAGGUCUCCACCUUGAGUACCUCUGGUACUUGACCAGGUUGGAGAUGUGCUUGAAGCUCUUCCCACACUCGGGACAUUUUCAGCACUUCUUCCACGAGUGCCAUCUCCUGCAAGUGAGGAGCUCUGCACUCUGCAUAAAGCCCUUCUCACACUCAAGGCAUUUGUAAGGCUUCUUGCCACGUGGACUCGUUAGCACACACAUGUGCACGGCUUCUCCCCAGUGCAGACGUUCUGGCACCUCACGAAGGUCAAGCAGUUCCUGAAGCUCUUCCUACAGGCUGCACAUUCACAGCAUUUUGAACGUGGAUCCACUGGUGUGCAGUGAGCUCCCAGUUCUGGACAUCCCUCUUCCUGCAGUCAAGGCACUCAAAGAGGCUCUACCCUGUGUUGCUUCACUGGGGUCUGCCGAGGGUGGAGCUGCAGCUGAAGCUCUUCCCACACUCCUUGUAGACAGACUUUCUUCCUCCCUGGUGACUUCUCAAUACAGCUGAGGCUUCCUUUGGGUCCUCACCUGCUGCCCCACGGCAUAUGGGUUUCUCUGAGGGUGAGAAGAGGUGACUUCCCCGGGCAUCUCCCUGCACGCAGGCGUGGCCGAAUUGUGCCACCCGGCAGAAUGACCCACUUGCUGACAUCCCAUGGGUCUCCAGUAUCUUUGCCAUAACCUACUCUGGACCCUCCUUUGCAUGCGCACUCAACACCGUGUCUCCAGUGUCUCCAGAAAGCAGUGUGGGUUAUUCCCAUGCAAGGAAGGGGGACCCUGAUUUACUUUGGCCCCCGAGCUCUUCCUCUGC